UGGUAUUACCUGCCCACCGUUAACUGGUCACUCACUUUUUCAUUUCGUCAAAAUCGGUAAUCAAGGGCUUAAUUAUUUGCAUUAUUUUUAAAGAAACGCCCGCAGAGCUUUCCGAAAGCUGCUACCAUUGAGUCAGACAAGUGCCAGCGCUGGCGAAACCGCAUCGCAUUGUUAAGUCUCUUUGAUCGGAAAGGAGAACGACAGUAAUCGGAAAUCGAACGGCGGCGAAGGCAAUUUCACAAGACUUGCGAGUGGAGUGUCUGCCAAAGCGGGAGUGACUUCAUUGCAAUUAAACAUGAAAUUUGCUGCAACGUCAACCAGAGCACGACAUUUUUGUACUAUAGCCAAGCAGGAAGAACGCCAGCGCAUAAAUAAAAUACACCCGCGCCACUCGACAACCUCCAUUCCGCGAUCGGAGUUGAGCAGUUCCAGGCGCCAGAGACAAUCGUGUAAAAUUGCCAAAAACUGGAAACACCAAAGCUUCUGCAUAGGUGCUUCCUGAUUAGAAACGUUUGACAACAAACCCCAAUCGAAAACUCAAACCCAACAUUCGCAUAUUCUAACCUAAAUUCCAACGCCAAGAAAUCAAUAAAUCGGAGCAAACACGUGCGUUUAGUUGCCGCCAAAGUGUAGACAUUAUCGCUGUCGUGUAGACAUCUGCCGCCCUCUCCCUUACCCCUCGUCUGCGGUCAAAGGACACUCGGCUACAGGCAUCUGCUUUCCUCGUGCGACGCAGCAGGCCUCUCAAAGCAACCCAAACGGCGUCGCUGUCAGCCUCAGUCAAAAUUCGGGAACAACGCAAAAACCAAUCCGCUAACGGCAACAACAAAAGCAACAUCAUGCCGCGACGCAACAAGAAAUCGGGAACGGGCAAAGGUCGCAACAACGACUCCAACUCUGACGACGAGUCCUUCGACAAUGUGAGCGUGUACUCGCACGUCUCGGAGAUCGCCUCCUCGGAGGCCACCGACGAGCUGGCCAACGAGCGCUUCGAGGAGAAGUUCGAGCGGGCCCUGGAGCAGGCCACCGAGAAGUCGGCCCAGACCCGUGUCCAGGCCCUGCAGGCCAUCUGCGAGCUGCUGAUGCACCGCUACAUGCCGGACUUCGUGGAGGACCGCAAGAUGACCCUGAUGGACUUCGUGGAGAAGAGCAUCCGCCGGGGCAAGGGCCAGGAGCAGGUGUGGGGCGCCCGACUAGCUCCCCUCCUGGUGCUGCAGAUGGGCGGCGACGAGGGCAUCUCCAAGGCGAUGAACCAGUUCCUCCUGACCACCGUCCAGGACAAGUCCAUGGGAUUCGACGCUCGGGCCAAGUGCUGCACUGCCCUGGGCCUGCUCAACUUCCUGGGCUGCGAGGACGUCGGCGAGCUGGUGCAGCUGAUGCAGUGCUUCGAGGCCAUUUUCGCCGGCAGCUACCUGCGGGGUGACGACAAGACUCCGGUCUCGGUCACUGCGGAGGCGGGCGCCUUGCACGCGGAGGCUCUCUCCGCCUGGGGACUGCUGCUCACUUUGAUUCCUUCUGGUGACUUUGUCUCCUUGAUGACUACCGGACAGAACAUGUUCCCUUCGAUCAAAAAGUUCUUGGGUCUGUUGCAAUCAUCCCACUUGGACGUUCGCAUGGCCGCCGGCGAGACCAUUGCCUUGAUACUGGAGUCGGGCCGCGCCCACGACCAGGACUUCCUCGAGGAGGACAUCCCCGAGCUGUGCGAUGCCGUUAAGCAACUGGCCACCGACUCGCACAAGUACCGGGCCAAGCGCGAUCGCAAGGCCCAGCGCGCCACCUUCAGGGAUGUGCUGCGCUACCUAGAGGAGGAUAUCUCGCCGGAAAUCAACAUUCGCUUCGGCCACGAGUCCCUCACCCUGGACGCCUGGUCCAUCCACCACCAGUACUCGGCCCUGUGCACGGUCAUGGGUCCCGGUAUGACCUCGCAGCUGCAGGAAAACGAAUUUAUUCGCGAAAUCUUCCAGCUGGGAGCCCGUCUAACCAACACCGGCAUCAACGGCAACGCCAAAGUCAAGCAGACCAAACUGGAGCGCCACCUGAUGAACGCUGCCGCUUUCAAGGCACGCUCCAUUUCCCGUGGCAAGAACCGCGACAAGCGAUCGGCCGUCGUCACUUAGAGCUAUCCAAACAAUCCCCUCAUCAUCCAAGCACACCAUUAACCCUUCUUUAUAGCUAACUCUGGACGUACUAGUUGAAUUGUCUCUGAUUUUAGCUUCUACACGGCGCUGCGUAGCCAAAGUUCAAGAACCAAGUCUAAAUUUAGAAUAAUUCUGAAUGAUCAUGUAACAAAAUUCGUCUAGUUGGUAACUACACGGAGAAGCCAUCGUUUAAAUAUUACUGAAUAUUUAUCGUUUACACAAGAGUUGUGUUUCAUUAAUUAUAAGGCAGCCCGCCCCGCGACUUCCACAAGCAGAUGCUUUCGGAGUGGGGCGACUCUUACGUUGUUGAUGUUUUUAUAUUACUAUACGAGUAGGUAUCAAUAAUGAACAUGUAUACCGCUUUAAAGUUGCUAAGAUAGUCGAAUGGUAAUAUACUACAGUUAGUCAUUGCUUAACUUGGCCUCUAUAAUGCAUAUUAUACUAAGCUAUGUGUAUGAUACAUAUAUUUUGUAGUAACUACGUGUAAAAUAAAUAACUAGGCUUACAACAAA